UUACAGGUAAUGGACAACAUGGGAAAUGUGAAGUUCUGUCUGGAUGAAGCUCUGGAGGCCAGUGGGGGCUGGCUCAAAUAUGUGCGCACAGCCCCGUCCCACGAAGAGCACAACCUGACCAUAUGCCACAUCAGUGGAGAUCAGAUCUAUUAUAAAGCUAUUAGAGAUAUCGAAGUAGGGGAGGAGUUACUACUUUACAUGAAGGACGGAGUUUUCCCCCAGGGCUCAAUGGCACCUAACAUGGAAGAUGAGCAGAUGUAUCGCUGUGAACACUGUGACGAGCUCUUCACCUCAAAGCUGGAGUUGCGGCGGCAUCAGAAAUACUCCUGCAGUAGCAGCAACUCCAUCUUUGACUCGCUAAGCGAAGACUUCAAACAGGAGUGCGAAGACAGUGAUGAGCCAGUGCACGAGUGCAAAGACUGUGAAAAGAUCUUUCCUAGCGAGUACAGUCUCGGGCAGCAUAUGAUCGUACACACAGAGGAGAGAGAAUAUAAGUGUGACCAAUGCCCCAAAGCCUUCAACUGGAAAUCCAACCUCAUUCGUCAUCAGAUGUCACAUGACAGUGGCAAGCGCUUUGAGUGUGAAAACUGUGAUAAGGUGUUCACAGACCCCAGCAACCUCCAGCGGCACAUCCGCUCUCAGCACGUCGGGGCCCGAGCCCACACCUGCCCUGAGUGUGGCAAGACCUUUGCCACCUCCUCAGGCCUCAAGCAGCACAAGCACAUACACAGCAGUGUCAAGCCUUUCAUCUGUGAGGUGUGUCACAAAUCGUAUACCCAGUUCUCAAACCUGUGCCGUCACAAACGGAUGCAUGCAGACUGCCGCACCCAAAUCAAGUGUAAAGACUGUGGGCAAAUGUUCAGUACUACCUCGUCCCUCAACAAGCACCGGCGCUUUUGCGAGGGCAAGAACCAUUAUAACCCCGGAGGCAUAUUCACAUCGGGCAUACCAAUGACCUCAAGUCCCAUCUUAGGCAAGUCGAAGUCUCAUCCCGGCCUGAAUCAUGCUGGACUUGGCUUUGGCGAUUACUUCCCAUCCAGGCACCAUCAUGCAGGGCUGUCCUUUUCCCCAGCGCCCCCUGCAUUCCCAGCCAUGUCCCACGGCUUCCCAGGGAUCUUUCAUCCAUCAUUAUUUCCAAGACCUCCAUUGUUACCCCCUAGUCCACUGCUAAAGAGCCCACUUAGUAACACUCAAGAUGGGAAGCUGCCUCCUCUUGAUGCUCCUACACUUUCCAUGGUCUCGUCCAUUAGCAACAGCAACGGCAAUGUCGGAAGUGGCCUCAGCAGCCUGUCGGAAGAGAAUCGAGAGUCCAAACUGGACUUGUCAUUCCCAGACAACAAGAAUAAAGUGAAGAUGAAUGACAUGUCUGAUGGUAGUGACUUAGAAGAUGUGAACACAUCCAGUGGUACGGAUCUAGACACCACAACUGGCACGGUGUCUGGCUCCGACAUAGAAAGUGAGGCAGAGAGCGAACGGGACAAGAGUAGAAGGAAACCGGUGCAUGAGAGCAAGCAGGAUGAAGUCAGCAGCAGUUCAAUGUCGAUCUCCAGUUCAGGGAACCUCCCUUGUGAGCGCCCUUUCCUCUCCUCACAGCAUUCCUUUUUCCCACCUCCAGAAGAGCAAGCACUUCCACCCUCCAGUGCCACAACUGACUCCAUUAAAGCCAUCGCCUCAAUUGCAGAAAAGUAUUUUGGCCCAGGCUUCAUGGGCUUGCAGGAGAAAAAGAUGGGCUCCUUGAACUACCAUUCCAUGUUCCCUUUCCAGUUUCUGCCCAACUUCCCACAUUCCUUGUACCCCUUCACAGACAGAGCACUCAAUCCUGGCAUGUUCUUCAAACCUGAGCCCAAAUCCCCUCGUGAGCACAAACAGAAAUUGCCUACAGCCACUGCGGAUUCCCCCUUCGACCUUACCACCAAACCCAAGGAGGUCAAACCUCUCCCUCCGCCUCCCAGCAAGCCCACAUUGCCAUCCAACACACUCCUGGCCCCAGGCGAGGAGCAACCUCUGGACCUCAGUAUAGGUAGUCGAAGCCGAGCUAGCCAGAAUGGUGGCACACCUGAACAGCGCAAGAAUCACGUCUACGGCACAAACUGCAAAGCAUCUAAAGAUGAGCAUCCAACAUUAACUCAGUCCCAGAGCUUGCACCAGCCCCAGAUGCCUCAACUUCCAGAAUCCCUCCUCCAGCCACCUCCUUCCCAGCAGCAGCCAUCAUUCCACUACGCCAAGCCCUCGCCGUUCUUCAUGGACCCCAUCUACAGGGUGGAGAAGAGGAAGAUUUUAGACCCAGUAGGAGCUCUAAAGGAGAAAUACCUGAGGCCGGCACCACUACUCUUCCAUCCUCAGGUGUCUGCCAUGGAAAACAUGACUGAGAAGUUGGAAAGCUUUAGUGCUCUGAAACUGGAUGCUCCCAAUUCCCUCCAGCACUCCUCACACCACCUCUUUGACUUCCGCUCCCCGCCUCCCUCUCUCUCCGACGCUAUCUUACGCAAAGGCAAGGAGCGAUACACUUGCAGGUACUGUGGGAAAAUCUUUCCCAGGUCAGCUAAUCUUACAAGGCACUUACGAACACACACAGGAGAACAACCAUACAGAUGUAAAUACUGUGACAGAUCAUUUAGCAUCUCUUCCAACCUCCAGCGACAUGUUCGUAACAUUCACAACAAGGAAAAACCCUUCAAGUGCCACCUUUGCAAUCGCUGCUUUGGUCAACAGACUAAUCUGGACCGCCACUUAAAGAAACAUGAACAUGAAAAUAUUCCAGUGAGUCAGCAGUCUGGGAUCCUCUCAAAUUUAGGAACAAAUAUUUCCUCACCAAACUCGGAGUCUGACAAUCAUGCACUUUUGGAUGAGAAGGAGGACUCGUAUUUCUCAGAGAUCAGGAACUUCAUCUCCAAAAGUGAGAUGAACCAAGCCUGCAGCUCCUCAGAGAAAAGGACGGAGCUGACAGAGGAAGAGCAUCCUCAAUGUCACACUCACACUGCCUCCAAACUGGAGGAUGAGGAAGAGGAGAUGGAGGGAGAUGAUGAAGAUGAGGAAGGCUCAUUGACAGAAAAGUCACAGGACGAGACGGCUUCUCCCGCCACUAUGGUGCAGGGCACUUACGAGGACGAAGAGGAACCGACCCCUCUCCCAAUGUCUUACGAACACACGCGCAGGUGUAUUGAGGAGGAUGCAGGCCUAUUAGAUCUGGAACCUCUGGCUGAUUUCCCCAAAAGCCUGGAAUUCCAUAAAGCUGGCGAGGAGCCCUAUGACAUUAAAGACAUUUUUAGCACCUCAGUAGAGCCGGAGGCACUGAAAGAAACUCUAUUCAGGCAGGCUAAAACCCAGGCUUAUGCAAUGAUGCUCUCUUUGUCUGAGAACAACAAUCUACAUGCACCCUCCCAGAACUCCUUGGAUGCUUGGCUCAACGUAGGAGGAGGGUCUUCAGAAACAAGCUCCUUUCACCCCCUCAACAACAUCUGAGAACACGAACAAGGCAAAAGAAAAGUGAGAAGUGAGUGGAGGAAGAUAGAGAGGAAGAUAGAGCUUGUGAAGUCCAACGGUGCCACAGUAGAACCACCACUAUGUGUGUAAGGAGGGAAGGGCUGUAGAGAUAGCAGACCGUACUGUUGGGUGAAACAGACACAGGAUCCAGUCACAGAUGGGAGAUUGUAUUCCAAAGCAGUAAAACAAGAAUGAAAUCAUCUAUUCCCAGCCAUACAACAAAUUUUCUGUCUGCAACUAGCCACAAUAGUGAUGUUCUCUCAAUAGCAGCUCAUAUCUAGAGGAGAUACUGCAUUUGAAUGACUCAAAAUCACCUCAUUUUCAAUUAUAUGCAUUUAACAGAGACUGCUCUCAAGGCUUGUAUGUUUUUUCAUGUAAAUGAAGCAUCCAUGUUCCUGUAGAAGCCCGAGCUGUGUUGGGUAGUGGACAUUUCAACAGUUUCUAUACAGCAUUCCAUCCUCAAGUUGUUCUUGUUCAAAGGUUUCAUUUAUAUAAACUCACAGCUGAAGUCUUAGAUCAUUAGAAUACAAAUAAACAUUCAUUUUAAUGGCAAUAGAAGCACUUAAGCCCAUAACUAGCAUGCUAACUUCCCCCUGAGGCUAACCUCCAUUCGAGCGCCACCAUCAAAAUGUCAAUGCUGGAAGUCACUGGGAUACCUUGUGAUUUUUUUAAUUAAACCGCACAAUUUUGUCUCGUCCCUUCAACCGUAAGAGCAGGCAAAUGUUCAUACGAUACAUUACGCAGCAUGGUUGUUCAAAGUGUAUAGCGUCAUUGACAUUGUAAGUAUUGUUAUGGUUAGUAUUUUAGCUGUAUACGGGCCUUUAGUCCAAACUGAAAGUUUGUUUUUUAAAGUUAAAUUAUUCUCCAGUGGAGGCAAUUGGAAUACCUUUCCUCCUCCGUCUUGAAUUCAGUAAUAUUAUACUUUAUAUGUGAUUUGCUCCUCAGUAAACAGUAUUGUUUCUUUUCAGGCACAUCUGUGCUUAAAUGUUAAUAUAAUUCUUUAGUGAAGGACCAAAUUUGUACAAUGUUGUUGUAUGAUGUACAAAAUAAGUUAACAGAUUGUAGCAGAGUGUUGUGUGCCAAAUAACCCCCUUUUCUUUGACAAUCAUUUUUCGACCCCAAGUGAUCGCCUCCACUGUUAGUAGUAUUUUCUUUGUUGUUGAUUUCUUAGCAUUGAUGAGUGUUUGUCUUUUAUUUAUUUACUUUUUCUUGUUUGAUUUUUUUGGAAUAAUGGAAAAAAAAUGAAGAAAAAAAAUGUUCUACCCACUCUUUUGAAGGAAUGAAAUGACUGAAAUAUCAUGGAGAUUCUGAAUUUUUCAUCAUAGAGCAACAAGUUUGCCAAAAUCUGAAUUACCAAAUCAUGUGUUUCAUUUAUGACCACGUAAUCUUUAGGCAUCAAAUGUGUCUAUGAAGUCUGGUUUUUGAUACAUCCAUUAAGACAUCGGGAAUAUGUGAUUUUUAAAAAAAUGGUUGACAUUCUUGAAUCCAGUGUUUUGAUUAAAACAUCAGGUAACUCAAAUAGAGGGGCAUUAUAUGUUGACCUUUUUACACAUGUUAUCCCUCAAAGUCAAACAUCAAAUGUCUUCAUAAAGAAAAUGCAGUGCAGUAUAUCUGGUUUUAUAUCUGGGAAGAGCCAUUAAGGUCAGCUGGUGGUAAAUAUCAUAAUAACCAAUAGGCAUUUGUAUCAACUUCAUUUUAACCUUCAAAGAAAAGACACCACAAUUGAGGCCACAUCCACACUAAUCUGUUUUCAUUUGAAAACUCAGUUUUCUGAAGUGUGCGGUAACGGGAGAGCGUUCUCGAAACCAAUGCGUUUUCAAACGAAAACUGAUUAUUGUGAAAGUGGCCUGAGAGGACUACAAAGGGAUCGUCAUCAAAUGGUGAGAAGCGACAGUUAAGUUCACAAGAACAUAAAGCUUUCUGAGAGAUACCCUGAUAGAUCCGUUUGAGUCCUCAUCCAACUCCUCUGAACUGUGAAGCCAGCAGAUGAAUCGUAAACAACUGAAUGCAUAUCAUGAAUGUGUAGAGUAGAUUUAAUAAGUAGGUUACCAGGCAAAAUUUCUGCUAAAGUUACCUUCUCGUGAAUGUCUGUUUGGGACUAUUUUUGAUCAGGAAUUUAUACCUUUACUACUACUCUCCUCACUACCUUCUGUUGGGAUUUUUAAAGACUUUAAACACCACCCAGAGAACACCACAUACUCUAAAAUAAGGAUUUAAUUAGAGCUCACCUUUGUCAUACCUAACACAUACAUGCCUUGUUCAUACUUUCCGUUUCAUCUGAGCUCUUAUUUUAGGAUUUUAAAUGUAACUUUUGAGGCAAGGCUGGUUUUAACAAGCACUUUAGAUCAUAGGUAAAAAAAAAAAAAAAAACAGCAAAGAAUGUUCAAGUUUUGUCAGAAGAACUUGUCAUUUAGGAACAAUAGGAAUAUUCUAUUUCCACUGCAGACACCACAUGAGAUGCAUUUUACUGGCCUAUAGGAAUUUUCUGGAUCACACAGUGUAAAAACCAGGUGGCGCUCUGUCUCUUUGUACCCUGUUUCAUACCGUAUCGUCCUACGAUAUGAUUUACUCAGGCCUUUGAGUAAAAAGCCUUGUGUGAUGCAUAGAAAUGCUGGGGAUUUAAUGGAAUUCUGAGUAUGGAGAAAGUCAUGUCACAUACUACUGUACUUAGCAAGCGCUGUAGAUGGAGAAGAAAUUGACCCACUUUUUUAAAAUCUAAAUGGACAAAUGGUCAAACAAUGAACUGGGAUGUUAUUCAUGACCCAGUGUUACAUAAAAAAACAAAUGUAUUAUAUAUAUAAAAAAAUCAAAUAAAAAAACAUAGAUUACAUGGUUUCUUUAUAAAAAAAAAAAUAAAAAAAUUAAAAAAAAGACUAUAGAAUUUCAAAAUAAUAAUAAUGAUGAUGAUGAUGAUGAUGAUGAUGACAUUGCAUAAGUCCGAAAAUUCACUUAAAACAUGGGUUGGAAAAUAGAUGGUGCUUGUUUCAUUUGGAUCUGAGUUGUAUAUUGCUUCUGUUAUGUUUAUUAAAAGAUAUUGUGCAUGACUUGUGUUUUAGAGGUCAUAAUGGUGUCCAUUUGUGAAAUGUGUAUCUUAAAUUAAAAAGAAAUGAAAAAAAAAAAAAAAGAAUAAAAAAAAAUAUGAAUUUGUAGAUGCACUUAUUGUACAUGUGGUUAGGUUAGUUGGUUUGACUUUAAGUUCUGUUUACUGCCUUAAAUACAAUGGGCAGAUGGCUAUUGAACUGAACAAUAUGCUUGUGGGAGAGAAAUAAUGACAAAAUUUUAAGGAUUGUAGAAUAAUACUGAAAAUUCUGAAGUUCUUUUUUGAUGCUUGUGAUUACUGAAGAUGUACUUUAGAGCAAUUUCAUGGAAAAGACAUGAUUCUGAUGUUAAUUCUGUAGAAUAGACAUGUAUACCAAAUGUAAUCUUUCCAAUGCUAUGAAGAAUUUAUACAUGAAAUUGAUAUGCAAUAAAAACCUGUGUGCUUUUUAUAUGAA